GCAGAGUAUACUUGUACACAUUGAAGGUUUACAGCAGCAUAGUAACCAAUCAACACAGAGCAGUUACAGGAAGUGAAGUGCAGCUACUGUUCAACUGUCUCAGUCCUCUCAAGAUGUCCUCAGAUAUUUAUGCCAAACCAGAUUUCUCAAAGAAGGUGAGAUACAACAGAAAGGUGCAGGAGGACAACGUAGAGUGGGAAGAAAGAACGGUGGCUAUCUACGAGAGUACAGACGAUAUCAGAGAUGAUCACACUGAUCUUCAGUCACACGACGGAGGACCGCACACUGAGAAUCAUCCUCCAGCCGUCCAAAGCAGGCCUUUCAGAGCUGCUGCAUUUUGUCUUGGAGUGCUGUGCUUUCUGACCAUAACUGGAAUCAUCCUCCUAUACAUACGUUUCACUUUGGAAAAAGACCAGCUGCAGACCAGAUACGACAAACUGAACAAGAACUACAGCGAGCUGCAGGGACAACUUUUAGCAGUCAACAUCAGUCAGUUACAGAGCAGUUACGAGACACUGAGGAAAAAUCACAGCCAGUUACAGGAUGAAGUAAAGCAGCUCAAGGACAAACUUGAUGAGAAGUGGUGUCCUGAAGGAUGGAAGAGAUUUGGAUGCAGCUGUUACUUUAAAUCCAACGAGAAGAAAACUUGGUAUUACAGCAGAAGUGACUGUCAAAGUAGAGGAGCACAUCUGGUGAUCAUAAACAACGAAGAGGAACAGAAAUGUGUCACUGAGCUGAACAAGGAUGGAGACUCCUGGAUUGGUCUACGGGCCAUAGAACGGACAGGAGGGGAAUGGGUGGACGACUCGCCGCUGACAGUACAGUUCUGGGCAACAGGACACCCGCACAGCAACUAUUAUUACCCCUGCAGCAUGCUGCGAUAAACAAGGAAAAAUGGACAACGAGCGGAUAUGAUGAUCAGAAGAACUGGAUCUGUGAGAAAGGGCUUUCCUGUUUAUCUUGAGGACAGAGGGGUGUGUAGUGUUGGGAUCAACUUUGUCAAAUUAGACCAACUCACAUUUUACAUUUCUUCAGUUGUUCAUUCUGUGUUGCAUCCUGAACAACCUGGAUUACAUAGAUAUUGUUCCUCUGCCCUACACAGUGAACAGUCUGGUUGGAAGUCAUCCACACAACUACAUGUGCACUUACCCUCUCUGCAGAGAGGGAUAUUACAACAGCCUGUUUUCAAAAAGCCUAAGAUGUCACAUACAUGACAACAAGGGGAAAGACGGCUCCUUUCUGUUUCAGUGUUAUUUAAGCCAUGAUCAUAAAGGACAAACCUCAUAGGCUUCUUCCACAGACCACUUACUGAUGUAGUUACACUUGGGAGGAGGAAAGAUUAUGAAUGUGUUUUGGAGAGAAGAAUACACCUGAUUUUGAAUAAGAUUUUAAUCCAUCUUUAAUGCUUGGUUGCAUUUACACUUGGGCUGUUUUGCUAAUCAAAAGAUAUCGAAUCCACACAAGAUGCAUGAACUGAUAAUAAGUCACCUCCCCUGUAUGUGUGUCAGUAAGGAUGAUAUUCAAUCAUCUCUUUUGUUUUCUUCAUAAACUUACAACAGAACAGUUAUGUGUUUAACAUCUUAGGUUUAUUAUCAUCAUUGAACCAUUAAUACUUGUCACGUCAUUUCAUCUACUAGACAGAACAAAAAUAACUGGUCAACACAUCACAUUUCCUGUGUCAGAGAUGCAUGUGUGAAUAAACUAUAUGGAGAACAUGAA